AUGGAUGAAGAUACCUUUAUAGAAUCAUCACAAAAUGGUAGUAGUUCAAAUAGUAAUAAAUCAAAAAAAGUAACAACAACAUCUACUUCUUCAUCAUCAAAUAAUAAUAGUCAAAAGAAUCAAAAUCAAAUAUUACAAGAUAAACUAUCACAAAAGAAUGAUGGAAUCGGUGUUACUGAUAUGGGCGGUAAAAAGACAAGAAGACUGAUGAUCAAAAUGAUGGAGCUAGAGAAUUUCAAGUCGUAUGCAGGCAAGCAGGUAAUCGGUCCAUUUCACAAGUGUUUCACAUCGGUCAUCGGUCCAAACGGUAGUGGUAAAUCCAACGUAAUCGAUGCCAUGCUCUUUGUAUUCGGUCGUCGUGCCAAACAGAUUCGUCUCAACAAAGUAUCGGAACUCGUUCACAACUCUAGUCAACACCGUAACGUUCAAUCUGCACGUGUAUCCGUCUAUUUCCAUGAUAUCAUUGAUCAUGAAGAUACAGAUGAUUAUGAAGUUGUGGAUGGUACGGAAUUGGUUGUUACAAGAACAGCCAACAAGAAGAAUGAAUCACAUUAUUAUAUUAAUGGCGAGAAGAGUAGCUUUACUGCGGUGACAGAGUUGUUAAAGGGUCGUGGAAUCGACUUGGACAAUAAUCGUUUUCUCAUUCUUCAGGGUGAGGUCGAGCAGAUCGCGCUGAUGAAACCAAAGGCGCAGAAUCCAUCGGAAGAAGGUUUGUUGGAGUAUUUGGAGGAUAUCAUUGGAAGCAAUCGAUUCGUGACGCAGAUAGAAGACUCUUAUAAGGCGGUGGAGAGAAUCAAUGAAGAUCGUACCUCUAUAAUGAAUCGUGUUAAGCUCAUUGAGAAGGAGCGUGAAUCACUCGAGGAAUCAAAGAAUGAAGCAGAGGGACUGUUGCGAUUCGAACUGGACAAGAUAGAGAUCAAGUCGGCACAGAUACAGAUUCGUAGAUAUCAGGCGGAGCAAUCGAAUCAGUCGCAUCUUGACGCGCGUGAACAACUCGAGAAGAAACUGGCCAAGGAGAAAGCUGCGAGCGUGGAGACGCGUGAAAAGUUGAAAGAGUUUGAAAAGACGUUGAAGGCGGAGCUAAAGAUCAAGGAGACGCUGAAUGCCGCGUUGGAGCGCUGCAAAGACGAGCAUCAGGCGCUCCAGAAGCGAAUCAUCAAGAACAAAGAGGAGAUGAAACAUUUGAAAACGAUGACCAAGAAGAAUGAGACCGUGCUGCAAGACGAAGAGACACGUGGCGCUGAGCUGUCUGCCAAUAUCAAAAAGCUGAAGGACGACAUUAUUAAGAAUGAGAAGGAGUCGGCGUUGUUGCCAAAGAAGUUGGUCGAGGCGGAGAAGGAACUCGAGGAGAUGUUAGAGUCGCUCAAAGGCGAGACUGGUGAGCUGCAGGCAGAGAUGGAAGAACAGCAGAAACAACUGAUGCCAUGGUCCAAAAAGUAUUUGGAAAUCAAGUCGAAAGUCGAUAUCCAACAAUCGGAGAUCGAUGUUCUUUCAAAGGAUUUCAAUGUUUCACAGCAGCGUCUCGACGAAGCGAACCAGGCGUUGGAUCAGACCAAGGUGACAGUUGACCAGCGUACCAAAGAGAUUGCCGCCGCCAAGAAAGAGUUGGAGACAAUCAAGUCCGGUAUAAAGUCGAUCGAAUCCGAGUUGAAACAAGUCAAACAACAAGAGGAGCAAGUCUAUUCGCAGUUGCAACAGAAGCGUAUCAGCACCGAGGAGAUCCGUUCACAGCUUACAGAGAGCAACUCGAGAAAUACCGUGCUCGAUAGGUUGAUGCGUCUGAAAGAGACUGGACAGAUUCCAGGAAUACACGGACGUCUUGGUGACUUGGGUGCCAUCGAUAAGAAAUAUGACGUUGCCAUCUCCACUGCCUGUCCAUCGCUAGAGAAUAUUGUUGUCGAUACCACCGCCACUGCUGAGCAAUGUGUGGAAGUACUCAGACGUGAAAGUCUUGGACGUGCUACUUUUAUUAUCAUCGAUAAGAUUAGCUAUCUUGAUAAACAGACCGAGAAGAUCGACACUCCCGACAAUACACCACGUCUUUUCGACUUGAUAAAAAUGAAGGAUAACAUGUACGCCACCGCUUUCUACUAUGCUCUUAGAGAUACCUUGGUUGCAGAUGACCUUGACAAAGCAACAAAGGUAGCGUAUGGAUCGUCGAAACGAUAUCGUGUCGUCACUCUAGAUGGAUCGCUCAUUGAUACAAGCGGUGCUAUGUCUGGUGGUGGCAGUAGGGUGAUGCGUGGUGCAAUGGGAUCGAAGCUACAAGCCAAUCCAAUCGAGGAGAAGAAGAAACUUGGUAAGCUAGACGAGGAAAUCAAGCAGUUGUCUGCAGAGAUGCAGUCUAUUCGUAGUAACAAGACAGAGCUAGAGUCGCAACUAGCCACCGCCAUGAAGCGAAAGAGUGAGUUGGAGUUGGAGCUGCCAAAGAUGGAAAUGGAUAUUAAAGCUGCACACAAGAAAUCCGAAGAGUUGUCGAAAGCAAUUCCUGAAUUGCAAAAGCAAGUUAAAGCGGCAUCGGCACGUCAGUCACAAGUCGAGCAACUGAAGCAAGCGUUGGCAGGCGACCUCGAUGAAUUCCACAAGCUGAAAGGUAAAGUCGAGAAACUGGAAAAGGUGAUUCAAGACGUUCAGAACAAGAUUAUCAAUAUCGGAGGUAGCAAGCUGAAGAAGCGUAGAGAGAAGGUCGAGCAGUUGCAACAACAGAUCGACGAGUGUCAACGUACCAUCACCAAGUCACACGUACAGAUCAAGAGCAGUGAGAAAUCCAUUGAAAAGUCAAAGCGUAUCGUCGAAGAGAAUCAACGUGAGCUUGCAGAGAACCAAGAACAAAUCGAAAAGCUCAAGCUCGAUCAAGAGACAAUCAAAGUGGAAGGUGAAGAGCUGAAUGUACGAUUCCAAAAGGCAGAUGAAGAUCUCAACCAGAAGGAUACCGAGCUGGUCGACGUCAAGAAGGAACAAGACAAACUGAAAAAGAUCGAACAAAAAGCAACCUUGGUGGAGUUGGACAUUCAGAAUUCCAUUGACGACGUAACCAGAAUCAUCAAAGAGAAUCAAGAUAAAGCUGCAUCACUUAUGAAGAGAUUCGAUGAUCUAAACAAAUCAAAACAAUCAUAUAAAAUAUUAGAUUCAGAUCCAGAUGAACCAUUAAAGGUUUUCUCAACUGAGGAGUUGGUUGAAAUGUCAGAGUCAUACGAUGAUUUGACAAAGAAGUAUGAGUCGAUCGACCUUCAAUUGAAAAACUCUGCUGGCAAGUUGAAUAUCGGUGCAAUCAAGGAGUAUAGAGCCAAGGAUGAAGACUACAAGAGACGUCAGAAGGAGUUGGACGAUAUCACCGAGCAGAGAGACAACCAUCGUCGUACCUACGACAACCUCAGAAAGAAUCGUUUGGAUGAAUUUAUGAAUGGUUUCCAGAUUAUCACAAACAAACUGAAGGAGAUGUACCAGAUGAUUACGUUUGGUGGUGACGCCGAGUUGGAGUUGGCCGACCAAUCCGAUCCGUUCUCCGAGGGUAUCAUAUUCAGUGUGCGUCCGCCAAAGAAGAGUUGGAAGAACAUCUCCAAUCUGUCGGGUGGUGAGAAAACACUGAGUUCUCUAUCGUUGGUGUUCGCACUGCAUCACUACAAACCGACACCUCUCUACGUCAUGGAUGAGAUCGAUGCUGCCCUCGACUAUCGUAAUGUAUCGAUCGUUGCACACUACAUCCAGAAGCGAACCAAGAAUGCACAGUUUGUUAUCAUCUCACUGAGAAACUAUAUGUUUGAGCUGGCCGAUCGUCUGGUCGGUAUCUUCAAGGUCAACCAUUGCACCGGAAGCAUCACCAUCAAUCCAAAAUCCUAUGCUACGCAAACCACAGAAGAAACACAGAAAGUCAAGGAUUUCGUUGAGGAAAGAAGAAUAGCAGAAGCCAAAAGAGCAAUGGAGGAAGAUGAGGAGCUAGACGAUGAUGAUGAUGAGUUUGAAGAUGAAGAAUAA